AUGACCGAAUCUGGAUUUUCAACAUCUUCGGCUUUCCAGAAGCCGUAUGAAUAUUACUCGAGUUUUGAUAAACAACCCCACAUUUGCGACAAAUUUUGCGACAUCGAUGACGAGGCGAACUUCCAGACAUAUCUACACCUGCUCGAGGGCGCGCACACACGGAAUUUCGUGUUGGAUUUUGGGAAUGAAGACGCAUGGUGCGCAGUGAACUUGGAAAGAGACGAUAUCGCGUCGCUACUCCGCAGCCCAAAGCCAAGAUGCUUUGGAACGCGGUGGAUUAAUAUCUGGGCUCCAGAGGAACAGAAAAAGACGAUCAAGACAAUCAUGAGCCAUUAUGGCGUCUCAGAACGGUUGCAAGGAAUGAUGUGCACCGAGCCCGUGGUACAAGCACCGACACCAAAGCCCGAAGAACCGGUUCCCAUUUCCCCCGGCGCGAGUACUCUUCGUUCUAGGCGUUCGCGACGCAAGAGUAUAGACCAAUCAACCCAGACCGGAGUAGAUGACCUCGAGAGCGGAAUUUCGAUGAGAGAUUUGGAUAUGGAUAUGGAGGAAAUACACAGAGCUGCGUCGUUCAAGGGUCUCACUUUCGCGCAAGUUGCAAACCAGAUUUGGCAUUUUUGUUCUGUGGAUCAUGGCCCGAGAUAUACUUGUAUUGGAUAUAAUUCUCUCUAUGUGACUUCAAAAGUUCAGAUUAGCAAUGGGAAAGAUUUACCAGAUGGGAAGCGGUUGUGGUCAUGGCUAAUACUUUUCGACGACGGUACCGUCGUGUCGAUACAAGAAAACCCCUAUCCCAGACCAGCAGGACCGUUACCAGACGAAGUCAGAACCGUCCUAGGAACGGUACGCAGAAACAUCCGAUUCAUCUUCUCUGGUGUAUCUAGACAAUACUCUGCCACAUCUGAGAGCGAGUCGCUGGUCACGAUUAGGGUACGGGGUCUCAACAGCAGCGCCGCGCCAGAUCAGAGUAUCAAACAAGAGGACAGCCCUAGUUUGCUCUUCUACUAUAUCUUCGAUGACUGGUUUUCGAGCUAUAGUCUUGUUGCGAAGCGCGAGCACAAGUACGGAGUGUCUCUUGAUCAGCUGAGAGGAGAUAUGUUAAACAGACCGGCGGUCGAAUUGGUUGGCGAACUACACUGGCUAGGUAGACAGUUAGCGGUUCUGAAACGGGUAUACCAAAGCUACGAACUCAUCAUGUGGCGCCUACUACAACGACAGCGCUUGCUCCGUGAAGAAGCAAAGAACCGACCAGCGUUCACAAUUGGCAGCGCUUUUAUGGAGAGCGACUUUGGAGAUCUGCGACAGCCGACACAGCAGAGCAACCUAAGCUUGAUCAGCAACUAUGAUACUCAAGUGGGUGUUCAAUUGAGCUCUGCGGCUGUGGCUCGGUUUGAACGGCUGUUGGACCGGAUUAAGCUCUAUUGUUUAUCGGAAAUUGAAUCGUGCUUGGUAGAAAAGGAGUCUCUGACAUUCCUGAACUUCAACUUAAUCGCCCUGAAAGACUCACAAGCCGUCGAGAAGCUAACAAGAGUAACUGUCCUGCUCGCCAAAGUGACAAUUCUGUUCCUGCCGGUCAGUCUAAUGACCGGAUACUUCUCAACCGAGCUGGCGGAAGUCAAAGGCGUGUACACGAUCAAUCAGUACUGGGUGAGUUUUGGGGUGAUCGUGUUCCUGUCCUUUGUCCUGCUGGUGGUAUUUGGCGUUGCUAGUGAUACAGUGGAGGGAAAGACGAUUUACAAGUCGUUGUUCCGGACAUUCUUUCGCUUUUCGAAGCAUCGGAUGUCGCGCCCUCGAAGGGAGGGCGUUGAGCGGAACUGA